AUGUCUGAGAAGCAGCCCCCCACCGUCGUCGAGGGUGCCACCGCCGGCGAUGUCGAGGAGGAGGUCCAGCCCGCAAAGUCAGCCGAGGACCGCAAGGCGGCGUCCGCCCUCGCCAGCCUCGAUGCCGGCGGCGACGAUUCGGGAAGCGGCCAGGUCGAUGUCGAUGCCGCCCAGAAGGCGAUCAAGGGUCUUGGUGGCGCCACCGCUGCCAAGAAGGAGGUGAAGAACGUUAAGGUCGAUGCCGGCGGCGACGAUUCGGGAAGCGGCCAGGUCGAUGUCGAUGCCGCCCAGAAGGCGAUCAAGGGUCUUGGUGGCGCCACCGCUGCCAAGAAGGAGGUGAAGAACGUUAAGGUCGAUGCCGCCGAUGUUGCCCUGCUGGUUGACGAAUUGGAGCUCACCAAGCCCAAGGCGACGGAGCUGCUCAAGGCCAACGACGGAGACGCUGUCAAGGCGAUGAAAGCAUCAGAUGACCAAAGUCUCAAGCUUCAAAUAGAAUUGGACGCCCUUCCUCCCAAGUGGACUGCAUGGGACAUCCCUCGUUUCUACCAAGACUGCGUGCUCAGCGUGAUUCGACUUGAACCAGACUACGCCCUGACGGCUUUAACACCUCAAUGA